AUGCGAAGCCGUAUCCUUCCGCUGUGGCACAGCCUCCUGCGCCUCCCGAGACAGCAGCCCUCGUGGUACCGCGACCGUCUCCGCGAGGAGCUGCGGGAGCGUCGCGCGGCCACGAGCCCGCUGCGACGCCUCAGCGAGACGGCCGACGUCCUCUACGUGCUCACCCGCGCAGCCCACGACGGGCACCCGCUGCGCAGCCCGCCGCCGUCGCUGCCUCGCGGUGUGGUUUGCGCGUACAUGGUGGCCAAGUACACGUCGCGGUGGCUGUUUUACCGCGCCGCCGCCGCGAUGGCGGGAAGGCGGGCGGGGGUGACUAUGAGCCAGGGAGUGCGCGAGGUGAUCAACCCGGCAAAGAAAAGCAAGGUUGGCGAGGUGGCGACGCGGCAUGGCCUGGACCGCGCCGAGUUUGAGCGGGUGUGCUUCCAGUUGAGGAAGUUCUGGCCGCUUCUGCCGUGA